AUCUAUCCAGUUUAUAGAUGCAUUCAAGUUAUACAAAAAACUUUUUCUAGACGAUUUCCAUUGAGGCUCUAACCUAAUUGAUGUUUAGGUAAUUAUUUUGACAAGUGGUUGUGAAAACAGCAAAGAAGAGUGAAAUGUUUUGGUAAACAAACGUGGAAAUCGUAAAAAAUCCAUCAAAUAAGGGCACUUUACAGACCAGGAAUUUCAGUUUUGUAGUUGAGUUCAGUUUGAGUUCAGUAUUGUAGUUUAGCAUUAGGACAGAGAUGGAUCAUCUAGCUCAGGAUCUGAGCAUCGCUCUGGAAGAAUCUGAGUCUUGCGGCCCAAUAGUAAGUCAGGCCUCAGGGAAGUUUUCCAUGAGACGGCGGACACGAUCUGCUGGAAAUUUGCCACAACUAUAUACGCAUAAAUCGGCGGAUAACAACUCAGAAGAAAGCUCUAGCAGCCCAUCGGAGUUUAAGAGCGAUAAGCAUCGCUCCAAACUGGCCAGUUUUUAUCAUUCAGACUCGGACGAUUUGUGUUUGAGCGCCGCAGUCGCAAAAGCUCUGGAUCACAAGAACUCGCUGCGAAUGAGGCACUCUAUUCACGGAUUAUUAAGAGGUGUGAGUCACAGUUUGGAAUCCGACUCAGUAAAUGAACAUUCCCCGGCCAGUCGUCCGAGCUUGAGGCGUAAAAGGAAGUUUAAAAGGAUAAGUUUCGAGGAGACUCCCAUUCCUCCCACUGGCAAGAGGAAGCGAUCGCAACGAAUGGAUUUCGAUUACAACGUAAGAUCGCUGAGAAGCUCGCUGAAAAUUCGACCGUUACACCAAAGCGUGGUGGAUAAGAUUGAUAAGUUUUGCCAUCCUGCUGCUGUAGAGGAGGACGCCAGGAUGGACACUCUGGAUGAUAAUUGCGAGGUGGCUAGCGAGAGCAGCAUCAGUUGGAGUGGUGGAGAAGGCCAUGAAGGAGAUGAUGAGUUGACCGAUUGGGCGCCCCCUAUGGAAAGCACUUCGAUGGAUCCGGCGCCUUGGCCCGAAGAUUCCAGAGAGAUCAGAGCAGGUUGCCGUCGACUACGCGACGAACGACCGGGAUUCAGUAUAUCUACCGGGGCCAACGAAAGAGUCGCCAAAUUUCUGCAGGAUUCCACCAAAUUCGAACUUCGCCUCUUCGGGGCUGAACGUGAAAAGUUGGGGCAGUUAGCCGCUCUUUAUUCUUUGGAUCUGUGGUUUGAAGCAGCCGGAACCACUUUGCUGCGUAAAACGAGCAAAACCCCCUACAUGCAACCAACGCAGCGACGCCAUUCGGGCCACAGCUCCCAUCAUAAGCGGAUUCGCACUCAAAAACAUGAUGGACAUUGAAUUUAUCAUAAUCACACUGUUAACACUGUAGUAUUCGAUCCAGCGCACUAUUGCAAGUGGAUAAUUAACAUGUACGUUAAAUGUAAAUAGACCUAUAAGAGGACGAA